AUGACCUACGUCUACAACAUAACUCUGAACACGACAUCGGAAACGUAUUCAUUUACAUUCGAAAGAGACCAACCCCAACCUGGACGCGACCUUGAUGAUAUUGAUGCGUCGGGCCUUGCCGCAAAUGUCUCAGCACUGUUGACAAUUCAGACACAAGCGGACUCGCCUGAAGCCAACACUUUAAUCUUCCUUGCGUAUAUCAAUGUUCCGGAUUGCACGAUCCAGCAGGGGAAGCCGAUUGGUCUUGGAGGCUACGAUGUGGUCAAAGAUACAGUGGGGACGGAUGAAACAUGCAUUCCAACCACCGACGUCGAUAAUCAAACCAGCAUUUGGACUACUCAGGAUCUGUCUAGUGGGGAAUUCAAGAAUGUCUACUAUAAUGCAUCGACAUCGCAGGAAGCGGAAGACCCUCUUGGCUAUAAGAAGUUGAUCGUUAGCGCUCUACGCACGCUUCAGUCAUAUUACAACGGCUCGGAAGCAUAUGAGCAUAUCAGUUCAGAUCGAUAUGGAAAUAGCCGGACGGUCCACUAUAAAUACAUUGGCAAGCUAGGCGAUGCGCAAUGCUGGCAAGCCGAUGGAACCAGUGUCAACGAGGACGAGAUCGCAGCUGACAGCAAAAGAGUCUGCUGGUCCCCAGCUGGCGGUGUUUCCAACAUGACUGGCGGCGAUGCGACUGAGCUGGGCACAAUACGAGACGAAUCAGAAGUUAUAGCGAAGGUGGUGGCCUCGUCAAGAUCGUACGCAGAGCUCAGCGAGAACGGCACACUUGAAGUAGUCUCUAUGGGCGAACACACAACAAUCCAACCCGGGCUUGGAGGGCCGUGGAUUGACCUCCAGCAAGGAGCACCAUUGGAUGAGUGGCGCUCAACGUUCUUCGCCCUAAACUCAGAUGGAGAGUUGUAUCGACAGAUCUGGCAAGGCUCAAGUAUUGAGGAAGAGCGUUACAGCAACAUCACUUUUUCGGAACUCGCUGGAGGCCCACCUGUGGAGCUUCCAGGCCGAUACCGUUCCCAAUGGGCCCUGGAUACCGUUGGAGCAAUCUGGGUAACCUAUGACACGACACCAACUCCUCCUCCCAUAGGCAUGCCUCUCUGGACAAACUACACCGAUCCCGAAAAUCUUGUCAUUGGAACGCGAGCAAUACAGCUUUCCCCUUUCCACAAUUCCGUGAUCCAGGUCGCGGCGUCAAUCUACGGCUUCUUCGUGUCUGACGAUCUAACAGCAUAUAUUCUUUACCAAGCCAAUGGCAACAAUUUUCCCAGCGUGAGCGAUUUUCCAAGUCUGAACGUGGUCGAAGAGAGACGUUCGUUCUUGCAGCUUGCUCCCGUGGGGCCCUCGUCGUCGCAGCCGGUAAUUACAGCUAUUGGCGACGAUGAGAGUUUCUAUUAUUCGGUUUGGAACCCGGCUAAUCCUGGCCUGAUUAAUCCAGCUGAUGGCUUCUCGGAUUGGCAAGUCCUGGACCUUGGCGGGCCUGCGUCAAAGUUAGAACCAUGGCGUAUCCAGGAAGGCUUUUCGUGGGAUGAAGGGAUCUUUGUUGUGAUGAAAGACUCCACGGUCCUUUCAAUCCAACGAGACCCGACCUCGGCCACUGGUUGGGGAACGCCUCAGCAUGUAGCGGCACCGCAAGAGACGGGGACCGGGGGAAAUAUCAUUGGCGCAAUCGAUGUCAGCUUUGACAGAAGCACCGAGUUGCAAGCUGCGCAGCCUGGGAAAGCUUUCGUGGGCACGUUCUCCGGAAUAAAUGUUUCUACCAUCGCCUACCAGGGCUCGGGAAGUUGGAUUGUCGACGAAUCAUGGAAACCGUUCCUCAACUACAUCCCUUUCGAACAGCCUGCUCCCCCGCCGGAGCACGGAUUUCCUGCCAUGACAGGGGAGUAUUGA